AUGUCUAAUAAAUGGGGAUGUCCAAAGUGUACAAUUUCUGAAUUUUUUGUUGAGGUUCCAGAAGAUGAUGGAAAGCCAAAGUUUUGGAAUUCAUCAGAUAAAGAAAUGGCAUGCACCUUCUGUUUAAAAAAAAAUGAAAAUUCUUUUGAAAAUUUAAAACAAAGAAAAGAAAUUCAUCUUCUUGCUUGUUUAAAUGCUCCUAGUGAUUUAAGGCAAGAGUUUCAAGAUGAAGUGAACAAUAUUGAAGGAAAACUUCUUAAUACUACUGCAAAUAAGCUUCAAACCAAGACUAUAAAAACUUCACAAAGUGCAAAAGUUAUUACUCUUACCUUCAAUGAUAUUUCAAGUGAACGUAGCUUCAUGAAGGCUACAAUAAAAUUGGUAAAGGAUUUAUUAAUAGAAGAUGAAUUAAAAGAUGUUAAGAUUAUUGCAGUUGUCACGAAUUUAUCAAGUAGAUAUGCUGCUACAUCCAACCAAUUUAAGGAUACACCACUUCAGUUUUGGAAAUAUGUUGAAGAAGAAGCACCUGAACUUGCAUUUAUUAUUAAUUCAGCAAAUGUUGAACAAUUGUUUAGUGAUAUGAGCUUUAUUCAUUCAAAGCGUCGAGUUCGUCUUAAUGAAAAAAAAGUUAUUAAAAUAGCACAACUUCAGGCUAAUCAACAUAAAGAAAAUAUGAAAAGAUUAGAUUCAAAGAAACUCAAUAACAUGCAAAUACAUGCACAAAAAAAAAGUUCAAUUAAUAAUAUGAAUAUGAAUAAUGAAGUAUCAGUUAAUGUAAAGUUUAGUACAAAUCAAAUGAUCGAAGAAACUAAUAGUUCUAAUAAAGAAAUAGAAUCUGAGCUUAUUUUAGAUGAAUUAAAUUAUACUAGAGUUGUUAAUGAGUGGUUUAUAGAGUUAGAUAAUGAAGUAUACGAAACAAAAGACUAUGAUUUAAAUAAUACUGAAAUUUUACACCUGGCAGAAGACCCUCAAGCAAAAUGGAACCUAAAUACUCUUUUUUCAUCAACUUUGUCAAAUUUGUUAAGCAUUGAACUAUAA